CAGUGAUGUCGGACGGCAGCGAUGGAGAUGCGUUGUGUGUUACAGAAGAGGAACUGGCUGGUGAAGACGAGGACAUGUCGUCCUUCCCGUGCACGCAGGAGGGCCGGCUGGGACCUCGAUGCAGCCGCUGCCAGAGGAAUCUAUCCUUACACACAUCUGUGCGGAUCCUUUACCUCUUCCUGGCCCUGCUCCUGGUGGCUGUGGCUGUACUGGCUUCCCUGGUUUUCAGGAAAGUCGACUCUCUCUCAGAAGACAUCUCCUUAGCCCAGUCCAUUUAUGACAAGAAGCUUGUGUCUGUUCAGGAAAAUCUCCAAGGACUGGAUCCGAAAGCCCUGAGCAACUGCUCUUUCUGCCAUGAAGCUGGACAGCUGGGGCAAGAGAUCAGAAAACUGCAGGAGGAGCUGGAGGGAAUCCAGAAGAUGCUUCUGGCCCAGGAGAUCCAGCUGGACCAGACCUCUCAGGCUCACGAACUGCUGUCCACCACCAGCAGUCAGAUAACUCAGGAGACGGGCAGUUGUUCCUUCUCCAUCCACCAGGUUAACCAGUCCCUGGGGCUCUUCCUGACCCAGGUGAGAGGCUGGCAGUCCACCACAGGUGGUCUGGAUUUGUCUCUGAAGGACCUCGCCCAAGAGUGCUAUGAUGUGAGGGCUUCAGUGCACCAGAUCAACUUCACUGUGGGGCAGACUGCAGAGUGGAUCCAUGGGAUACAGAGGAAGACAGAUGAAGAAACCCUGACACUACAGAAGAUUGUCACUGACUGGCAGAAUUAUACCCGGCUGCUCAGCAGCUUGCGCACCACCUCAGCCAAGACGGGAGAAGUGGUUAAGAACAUCCAGGCCACCCUGGGGGUCUCGUCCCAGCGUAUCAGCCAGAAUUCUGAGAGCAUGCAUGACCUGGUGCUGCAGGUCAUGGGCUUGCAGCUGCAGCUGGAUAACAUCUCAUCCUUCCUGGAUGACCAUGAGGAGAAUAUGCACGACCUACAGUACCAUACCCGCUAUGCCCAAAACCGAACAGCAGAGCGGUUUGAAACGCUAGAAGGACGCAUGACUUCUCAUGAGAUUGAGAUUGGCACCAUCUUCACCAACAUCAACGCCACCGACAACCACGUGCACAGCAUGCUAAAGUACCUGGACGACGUGCGGCUGUCCUGCACGCUGGGCUUCCACACCCAUGCCGAGGAGCUUUACUAUCUGAACAAAUCAGUCUCCCUCAUGCUGGGCACCACGGACCUCAUCAGGGAGCGCUUCAGUUUGCUGAGUGCCCGGCUGGACUUCAACAUCCGCAACCUCUCCAUGAUCAUGGAAGAGAUGAAGGCAGUGGAUACGCAGCACGGAGAAAUCCUUCGAAACGUCACCAUCCUACGAGGUGUCCCCGGCCCUCCAGGACCAAGAGGACUCAAGGGAGAUGUGGGAGUGAAAGGGCCUGUUGGUAGCAGAGGAUCCAAAGGAGACUCCGGCAGCUUGGGCCCCCCAGGACCUCAGGGGCCUCAGGGUCAGCCUGGGGAUACUGGAGCUAUGGGAGAACGGGGGCCAGUUGGCCUGCGAGGUGUUCCAGGCCCCAAAGGCUCGAAAGGCAGUUUUGGAACUGGAGGACCAAGAGGACAGCCAGGCCUUAAAGGGGAUGUGGGACCCCCAGGGCUAGAGGGGCUCCCAGGGCCAGAGGGGCCUCCAGGGCCUCAGGGAAAACCAGGGAUUGCAGGGAAAACAGGGUCACCAGGCCAGCGGGGGCCCAUGGGCAUUAAAGGUGAAGCAGGGAUUCAGGGUCCUCCUGGCCUCCCUGGUCCCCCAGGCCCUCCAGGGAGCCAGAGUUCCUACUGAAGAGGAACCUGUCCAGGACCCUGCCCCACAGAAUUCC